UAGACGCCAUAUUGGCAGUUUAGUGCGUUGCCAAGGGUUAGCGAGCAUAACUGUGAUCGUUUUCCCUUUUAGUUUUAACGUUUACAAGGAAAAUCCGCCCGAAUUAGCCGGGAAAUACGACGGAAAAGGGGCAUUUUCAUCGAGUUUCGCGGGUGCACGAUUUAAAUAACGCGGGCUCUCGAGUGUUGUUGGUCGGUUCGGGUGUUCUCGCCGCGAUUGGACGACGGUGCAGAUGUUUUGUGUUUCUUUUCAAUGAGAUCCCAUGUGCCUUGGCGGGAAUUCGAAUAAUUCAAAUCGCAUUUGAGGUCUGUUAAAAGUCGGCUAUGGCAGAAGUAGCACAAAUGGGCGAGGUAGACGAAAUCCAUUCAAACGAAGAAGGAAUCAUAGUUAACGGCGACGUAACCAAAGAAUUAGAGUCGGAGAGUGGGGAUGUGGAAAUGGCGGACGACCAAGAUGUAAAUAGUGAACAUUUAGUUGUAAAUAAAACGGUAGCAGGUGUAAAUUCGGAGGAGGGAGUGAAGGAUGUGGAGAUGGAGGAUGUGACUAGCCAGAGUGCCGCCGAUGAGGACAGUCAGGACAGUCAAGAUAGUCAGGGCAGUCAAACAAGUCAUACAAGUCAAGAUGAAGCCAAAAGUGUGGCCAGUCCGGAGCAAGAGGACUCCAACCUGGAGCCGGGAGAAGUGAUUCCGGAAGAAAACGGAAGCGUCCACAGUGCUAAUGAGGAUACGAACACGAAUAGCAGUUUGCCUCAACAAGUGAAUGAAAAUAGUAGGGGAAGCGAUAAGAAUGACGAUGAAAGCAGCAGUAGCAGCAGCAGCAGUAGCACGGCAGAAAGUACGACAUCAAAAACGCAAGAAGAACCCGCGGGCGAAUCGAAAUCGAGCGAGAACACCCAAGACUCCAGCGCCACCACGAACGGCGAAACCGACGACAAAUCGUCGCAAGACGGGGCGACGGCUCCCCCCACUACCAACACAAAACCUGAGGACUCCAAAACGGACGAAACGUCCGAGAACGGCGACGAAAACCGAUCGGCGAGCGUGGCCUCCUCCCAAGAGAUCCACGAGAUCAACGACGACGACGACGACGACAAUGACAAUAAAAGUGAAAAGGGCAAAAGUCAAGAGUUGAUCGAGUUGAACAGUGAAGAUGAAGAGGAGCAGGAGGAGGAGGAGGAGGGAGACGGUGACGUCCUGAUUGUCGAAGGACCGAAGACCAACGGGACGGAGGUGAUCAACUUGGACGAUACGCCGGAGAAGAAAUCGACCGCGAGCGGUGAGGGAGAGAAGAAGAAAAUUGAGGCGGUCGCGCCCAGACGUAGCACGAGGAAUUUGAAUAAGAGUAAGAGUUACAACGAGUGCGAGAAGGACCCUCCGCCGCCCAAGACGGUCGAGAGCGAGGGGUCCGAUAUUGAGGAGGUGCUGCCCCAAGAUCCGUUAGCCGUUAACGACCAAAUAACCGUGGAAAAAAUCCCGAUGGUGAAGAAGACCGUGAAAAAUCCGGAAAACUCGUCGGCGAUCGUGGUGAAAGACACAAAGCGGCUGGUGGAGAUCGCGAACAAGAGCUCGCCCACGCAACAGCCGGGCAAAAAGGAGCCCACGUUGGUGAUCAUCGAUACGAAUUCCAUUUUGUCCGGUCGUGGACCGGUACCGGCGUCGAAGCAGUCGAGCCAAAUCGGCGCGACCGGAUUCGCCAACGUGUUGCCGGUGGCGGUGCCGGCGCAGGGCCUGUACCCGGCCAACAUGCGCGCGACCAUCACGCCGAUCCCCGCCGCCGCCUCCGGGACCGUCAAAGCGUCGCCCAUAAUCACCGCCUCCCUGCAGCCCGGAUCGACCGCCGCCUCGGCCGCCCCUUUGCUGCCCACCCUGACCGACGACAUGUUCGUCGUGGAGGCGCCCUCUUUCAUCGUUCCUUACGUAUACGAGAAACCCCCGGUAAAAAUCCUGAAGGACUUCGUGACCGACAUAAAGAAACAGAUCCAAGACACCAAGAAAGAGAAGAAACCCGCGAAAGGCAAAGACGAGCCCGCGGACAAAAAGGACGACGAUAAAAAGAAACAAGACGAGGACAGCGACGUGACCAUCAGCAGCGAGAGCGAGAGCGACGACGAAAAGGAGCCGGAACGCAAGAAACCCUACAGCUACUUCGAGAGUCCCUUGGGAAAAUUCUUCAUGGACAUCGGCUUCAAUAUGGUGCAAGGGUACGUGCAGACGGACCUGCUCAAACAACAGAGACGGAAACGGGAUCGGGAACAGGGAGCGAACCCGGAAACGAACAAGACCAUCGCCUCCCUGAUGAAGAACAUCGAGCUGAGCAAAGGCAAAAGCGAACCGUUCAAGAUGGAGAUGAAGAAGUGCGAGUUUUGUAGUUUCAAGACCGAAUCGAAGUUGGCGAUGGCGUAUCACCUGGAGACGCCGCACAUGAAGAAUUUCGUUUAUAAGUGCAACUUUUGCAGCUACGAGGUGCGCAGCCCCCACGAUAUUUUGUUCCAUAUGGAGGCCGAGCACGCCGUGAGAGGUCACCUGGAGCGUGCGCCGGCGUUCCACCAGUGCCCGUCGUGCCCGUUCGAAGACAAUCAAAAGGGGAAACUGUCGCGGCACAUGGUGGUGUGCGCGCGCAAGUUCAAACCGGAACGGAACUUGGACCCGCCGGUCGACUGGGAACCACCGGCGAAGAUCCCGCGGUUGCCGAAGAUGCGCGCGUCCGGCCUGAACGCCACCGUCGCCGCCUACCAGACCUUGGCGGCGAACAAGAGCGCGCAGCAGUACCAGUUCUUGUCCAAGAUGCAACUUCAGGCGAACGCGGCCGCCGCUACCGCCCUAAACAGGGGCAGGGGGCGGCCCGCCCUCGGCACCGCCCCCAUCAAGACCCAAGCGACGAUGAUCCGCCCCCAGGGGAUGAUCUUCAAGCAGCAACCGGGGGGCGGCCAAGUGCUCGUACCGGCCAACUAUCAACUGGCCGGCAACCAGGUCUAUCAGGUGGUGGGCGGCACCACGGAGUUGGGCGGUCGACUGGGCGCGGUGCCCAGCAUGGCCUUUCUCCCGUCCUCCGCGCAGGCGCCGUCCGGCUCUCACCAGAGCGGCGGGGGUCAAGGGGGGGCCCAGGGGCAGACCGCGGCGGCGUCAAAGAAACCGGCGAACACGCCGAGUAUCUCGAUCACGCCGCUGCCGAGGGGAACGACGGGGAGUCCCGCGGGAACCGCCGCCACCGCGGCCGGCUCCAAACCGGGAGACACCAGUUCGAAGAACUCGUUUGUUAUUUGCGAGAUUUGUGACGGGUAUAUUAAGGACCUCGAGCAGCUGCGCAACCACAUGCAAUGGAUCCACAAGAUCAAGAUCCACCCGAAAAUGAUCUACAACCGGCCGCCGUUGAACUGUCAAAAGUGUCAGUUCCGGUUCUUCACCGACCAGGGCCUCGAGCGCCACCUGUUGGGCUCCCACGGACUGGUGACGUCGAGCAUGCAGGACGCCGCGAACAAGAGCAAAGACUCGGGCCGGUGUCCCGUCUGCGGCCGCGUCUACCAGUGGAAGUUGCUGAACCACGUGGCCCGCGACCACAACAUGACCCUGAAGCCGGCCCACUUGUCCUACAAGUGUACGGUGUGCACCGCGACCUUUGGGAUGUACAAACAGUUCGAGAACCACGUGUACUCGGCGCACAGUGUCGUCGCCAAACGGGUGAUGGACAAGAAAACUACCUCGGCGGGGGCUUCGCCCUCGGCGGCCAAGAGUACCGAGAUCAAACCGUUGAAAAUCAACGACGAGAUCACGAUAAUCCCGCAGCCGGCGAAAUCGACCAACGGGGCGAAGGAGGCGAGCCCCGCUCCGAAAGCGGCCGCCGGCACCAGCAAAAGCAGGUAAAACCCGCGACUCCCUUCGACCUCCUCCUCCUCCUCCUGCCCCGCCUGGAGAAUCUCCGACGACGUUUCUGGAGUUUUUCUUCCUUAUGCCUGCCAGCACCGAUUUCUUUUCCUUUUUUUUAUUGUGUUCGUGCUGCGUCGUGUCGAGGGCCAAGAUCCUCCUUCCCUCUCACUCCACUUGCAGAUCCGCCGCUUUGUUUUUUUUUUUAUUUAUUUUGUUUAAGAGAAAGAGAGAGACAAAAAACGGGUCUUGUAUGUCUUUGUUAUUGUAUAAAAAAAAGAGAGAAAAAAACCCGUUUCCACAUGCAGAGUGUACUAGAGUAGUUCGGUAGUAGUAAGAGUAGGAAAUUAAUAUUUUUAUAUAUUUUUUUUUGUAAUAUUAAGCCCUUAGGAUCGAAAGGUUACUAUAGUGAAGCACCCGCGGGACUCUGUAUAUAUUCCAUUCGAAAAUCAGUUGUGUUUAAGUUAAUAAUUGUUUACGAAGUAGAUGUUAAUAGUUUUUAUGGCGGAGGUGCGGACAAUUAAACAAAAAAAAAAAGAAUUAAACUUUAUUGUGUUGUAACUUUAUAUGCGAGAAUCGGACAAAAAAUUAUUAUCCGAUAAGUUUGAUGACUGCAGUCAAUCUGUAAACUUUAAAGAAUAAAUGAGAAAAUAAUAUCGUAUUUAAUAAA